AGGCUUCAAGGUUUGGUAUGGACACCGUCAUAUGGAAUACUGAACACCCCCAUAAUUUGUGUCUCCAAUUUUUUUAAGACUCUAUUCAUUCAUUACAAGAAAAAUUUAAGAAAUGCCCGUACAUAUUUAUUAUUUGUAUCACUUAUGUACAUACCUACUUAUUUCUCCCUUGUUGAAAAUGGCUAAUUUGAGUGCUUAACUACAAAAAAUAUUUAUGCAUUGAGAUUAAGUACGUGGGACUAGGACAUAUUUAAGGUAAAUUGCACAGACUGUGAAAAUGUGAGGUUACAAACCUUUGAAUACGUAUUUUGUGAACGGAAUGAACUAAUAAUAAGGGAUGGUUCUCGACUGCUCCUCGUGUCCAGGGUGCUUACUUUGUUUUUAGAAUCCAGUAGGACCCUAGAUGAAGGAUUCAUUCAUAUUUCCAUGUAAAACUUAUAUUCAGCGCCGUGGCGAGCGCAAACUUAAAAAAUCUGCAUUUUCUGGAUUUUGAAAACUUAAAAUGGCGACAAAAAGUCGUAAUUUUAGGGGGAAAUUAAAAACCAUGCUUUUGUAAUUUUUGAGCUAUUUUGAGAUUUUUUGACGAUGUCUAAGAAAAUUGCGAAGUUUGCAAAAAAGUAAAAACUUCUUGUUUUAAAAUUUCAUGAAAUGCGAGAGUUGAACUAUUUGUGAUGAUUUUAGCUCAAAAAUUUAAAAUAAUUCUUCUUGGAUUUCAAAAGUUAUGGUGGUUCUUUAAAUGAAGACAUUCAAAUUUGCGUCGCCAUUUUACACAGAUACACAGUUUUACACAUAUGAAACAAUCCAUCACCGAGCCCCGAGGUCCCUUGAAGAUUCCCAAAAAGCAUAGUGGGUACGAAAAACACAAGGAGCAGUCUUGUACCUUCCUUUGUAAGUAAUUCUCCAGAAAAGCAAUCCCUUUCUAAUUUUAGUUAAAAUUUUCCCAUUGCUGAGGACGAGAACAAAGAAGAGUAUUUAUACCUGUAGAUUUAUACAGAAGAAUGUCAUGAAGGUGUACAUGGUCGGGGCCUUUUUGACGCCUAUUCCUGAAAAGUUACCUGAGAGGAUGUUCAUAAAUUAUGAUACGGCUGAAGGGGUUGGGAGGGUAAACGUUUUACGUAACAGGCAGAUCUGCGCUACACACAUCUUAAGAGAGGAUGAACAUAAUGCGUAACAAGGGGAGGGCGUUGGUCCGAAAAAUCGCUAUUUUUGCGUGACAAAUGGACAUUCCCUUGUAAGCAUUUGUGCUGCGACAUAAGUAAACAUGUGUGUAGAUUAUGUGCAGAUAUGACUCUACCAAAGUGAUAUUGAAAUUUAAUAUGUACGGUAGCUUAGAAUUAAAGUUUUACCAUAUCGGCAGUAAAUUCCUUCAGAUUGGUAUAAUUUUAGUACCAAGCUGUUGCAACUUUAAUACCGCAAGAAAUCAAUAUCUACGUCCCUAUAGGUAGCAAAUUUCUAACAGUGCAUGCCCAUUUGAAAGAAAAAAUUUGCCUGAAUCCCAGAAAAAUGCUAAUGAUGAUCAUGUUUGUCCCUUCUGGUUAUGAACUAUUGUUAGAGUCAUUUCUAGGAACCCGAUGUGCCUUAAGUCUAAAAAAGGACUCGUUGACGAGUUAAGUACGCAAAGGAAUAUUCACCACUCUGACUAUUUGCUUUCCUGCAUUUGAUCGAAACACACGCCACCAGAGUACAAAACAUAUUAGCUGCCUCAAAAAGCAAAAUUUCUUAAGUUUCUACACUGCUUAAAAUGGACAAGGAGAAGGCUAGUUUGGAACGGAACGAUAAGGACGAGGUCGUAAUAUCUUUGAACGAUAUUCCUGGGUACUAUGAUGACGACGAAGAGGAAGCGGAAUCUGAGAAAUUUUCUGAAAAAGUGGAAAACUCUGUCCAACCGCACAGGAUAAAAUUAAUUGAAGAUUCCUUCGAAAAUGGUUAUUUUGCACGAAGGCAUAACUUGAGUCUUGAGCAGCUGGAAAUUUUGCGUACCGACUACGAAAUGUAUUCCAGUUCUAAACAUUAUCCGACUUUCGAAAAAUUGCAAGAACUGGCAAAAAUAACAAAGUUGGACAUGCUACUAAUUUUGAGGUGGAUGUCCAAUGAACGUUACAAACUAGAGGAGACGUGUCAGAUGACGUGGCAAAAUUUUGAUGACACGGGGAAAUACUAAUAUGUUAUGUUGCGUGGGUAUUCGCUUAGUUCAUUUUAGUGAAAUUUAAUCUGUUCGUUUAAUUUAACAAUAGGAUCAUGUCAUAUCUCAACCGAUUUUUUAUUUGUUGAUUACAUUUUUGCAUUAAUUGAGAUUAAACUAACUAGAUACUUACUAGUAAGCUACAUUUUAUUGUAUUUUUUUAGCAAAAUAUAUAUAAGAACUCGAAUGUUUAAA